AUGGCUUGGAGCAAUACAAGUGGUCAUAGUGGAGCUAGUUGGAUCACUAGAGACGCUCAAGGACUGGCACUACAUCACAGUCGUCGCGCUUACCCCUCUACCUCGUCGAAAAGAGAAGCUGAUCUUCAGUCACUCUUCUGGGCUGUUGAGUCUAUGUGGAAUAUGCGACAAAGAAAUGUCAUCUUCGAAACCUCCUCUCUUGAGGUUCGAGAAGCUAUUCUCAGGCCGGACCUCUUCCCUGAACUCGAGCUCCAACGGCAAAACAUUUUCUGCCUUCUUAAUCUCAUUGGUUCUUGGUCUCUGGAACAUGUUUCUGCGCCUCGGAACCUUGUUGCUCAAUUGAUUGCAGACAGUGUUAUCCUAGGCUCCCGCUCUCAGUCUUACAUCUCUGUUGGCGGACCUGCUUGGCUUCGUCAUUCUCUUGAUCAGGAACGGAGAAACUCUGCCUAA